UUAAUAUAGAAUAAAAAUUGUUAAUAACAAAAUAGUCGAAAUUUUACAGUCGGGAAUGUGUGUUCGUCGUAAAACGCUUUUCCGCCAAAAAAAUAUGUGUAUAUAUACUUAGUAUAUAUAUAUGUAUGUAUUUAUAGUGUGUACAAUAAAAAAAUAUUGAAGAGAAAUUAUAACAAUUAGAAAUACGCAAACAAAAAAAACCGCGCCUACCGAACUCGAUCUAGAGGGCCAGCGCCGCUGAUCGAGGUUGUGCGAAAAGCACCUAUAUAUGUAUGUAUGUACAUAUUUACUCUUUAUUAUGGAAUGCACGAGUGUGUGAUAUGAAAUACAUAAGCAUGUUGGAAAAUACGCUUGUGUCUACGCAACAAAACGCAUAUUGUAAAUAUACAGUGAUGGCGAAAAUGUGUGGAAACAAAAAAAAUUUUGCUUUUCUUCCGCAAAUAAUUAAGUGCAAAAUAAAUUUAUAAUAAAUAAAUAGAAAAAUACGCACACAAACAUACAGUUCAUAUUAUAAAGAAGGAGCAUUACAGUAAAAAAGAGAAAUAAAAUAAAAAACUAAGUUGGAAAUUUAGAAAUGUUGUGUGUAUGAACUUGUGGAAACGUGAACGUGAAAACAAAAAGAAAUACGAAAAUUUGCCAAGGAAAUAUAGAGUAAUGAGAAAAUAAAUUUCGAAACACGUAACCGACAGACGCGACGCUAAAGACAGUUGUGUAAAUAAGUGUGUGCGUUUGUGUAGUGCGAUUGCGACGUAGCAAUCCUUGCGCGUGCUUCCGUUUACGCCGCGUUGCGUGAAGUUCUAGCAGAUUUUCAUUUAAUUAAUUACAACAACAUACAGUCAUACCACUCGACCGGAACUACCUCAAAGAUGGCUUGUUCAUAUCGCGGAAUAAUCUGGCGAAUUGGAGUUAUUGCGCUGGGCGCACUCUUCUUCAUCGGUGGCGUUUAUUUGUUCGCAAAUUGGAUUGAUAUGUUCACGCGCAUGCGCGGUAAGGAAAUGGCGUUAAGCCCGAAAUCACCUGCUUAUGAAGGUUGGAAAGUAUCACCGUUGCCACUUAAUUUUGAUGUAUACCUCUUUAAUUGGACCAAUCCAGAAGACUUCUACGUUGGCUCGGGCAAGAAGCCACGUUUUGAGGAGUUGGGUCCAUAUCGGUUUCGUGAAAAUCCCGAUAAAGUCGAUAUUGUGUGGCAUGAACAGAAUAAUUCGGUAUCGUAUCGUAAAUAUGCGGCGUUUUAUUUCGAUGAAGCGAAUAGUAAGGGAAAACUCACCGAUCGCGUUACCUCGGUGAAUACAGUGUCGCAUGGCGCCGCUUUACAAGCCUCUAAUGGCUCAUUUUUUCAAAAGAGCAUCUUACGUAAUGUCUUAAAAAUGUAUCAUGAAGAUAUAUCAAUAACAAAAACUGCUAAUGAGUGGAUAUUUGCCGGCUAUAGUGAUCCGCUAGUAACAAUGGGUAGUUUUGUAUCAAAAUUUGCACAUGAUAUUGUCGUGCCAUUCGAUCGUGUCGGCUGGUUAUAUACGCGCAACGAUAGCUCCACAUAUGAUGGUCACUUUAAUAUUUACACUGGUCUGGAUGAUCUGCGUAAAAUGGGUCAAAUUCACGAAUGGAAUCACAAAAAUCACACCGGCAUCUAUGAGGGUGAAUGUGGUCGCGUUAGAGGUUCUAUGGGUGAAUUUUUUCCACCGAAUCUUACACCAAAAGACACUGUAGAAAUUUUUUUACAAAAUCUGUGUCGCGCCGUACCAUUGGAUUACGUUCAGACAGUGAAAGUACAUGGGAUUACGGCGUAUAAAUAUGCAGCCACCGAACGCGCACUUGAUAAUGGCACACUCUUUCCAGAAAUGAAGUGUUUUUGCGUGAAUGGUAAAUGUGAAAAAUCAGGCGUUAUGAAUUUGGGUCCAUGUCAGUAUAAUUCACCAACCUACACAUCAUUUCCACACUUUUACAAAGCGGAUCCCAGCUAUUUGGAGGCAAUUGAAGGCCUCUCACCCGAUCCAGCAAAACAUGAGUUCUACAUGACGUUAGAGCCGAACGGUGGUGUGCCCAUGGAUGUGGGCGGUGGCUUUCAAGCGAAUUAUUUGAUGUCGCCCAUAAAGGGAUUUCCGCCCUACCACAACAUUCCACGCACAUUCAUACCACUCAUGUGGGCUGAGGAACGGGUGCGCGUCACGCCAGAAAUCGCCAGUCAAAUCGCUUUGGUGCCAUUAAUAGUAACAUUGGGUCAGGUAGUUACAGGCAUUAUGUUUGCCAUUGGCGUGCUGCUUAUGUGUUGGUAUCCAACAAAAUACAUGUCACAAUUGUGUAGAGAUCCAAAGAGUAAAAAUGCCUUACUCAAUCCAAUUGUGAUUAGUACGACGCGUUCGAUAGCAUUGACGCCGCUGCGUAAGCCACAAAAAGAAGUCGUCUCACUGUUGGGCUUCAAUCAAGGUCCAGGUGGUGGUGAGAUGGUACUACAAAAUGAGGAUUCACUAAAAGAAAACUUACUACCACCACCACCAACGACAGAAUCAGCCACGGCGCCAGAUGUGAUAAACAGAUAGUAUGUGUGCUUUUAUAGGUUAUGUACAAUAAUUAUAAUUAUGAAUAAAUAUAAAAUGCUCCUUAUGUGAGCACCUGCCAUUGUUAAAUGUAACUAGGAGACCAAGAAAAACAGAGAGAUCUUAAUUAAAUACUACAAUUAUAUUUACAUUUAUUUACAUUAUUUGAUUGUAAAUAAUUAAAAAUCAAGCUCAACCUCAUCGAUAGGCAGUAAGCAAACUAGCUUAACGCCUAUACAUACAUAUGUAUGUAAGUAAAUCUUACGUAAGUGUGCUUUGAUAUUUCCAACGCUAAUUACAUAUAAAGAACAAUAUCCUUUCAAAUUAAAUUACUUAAAAAAAUAAAAAAUAAAA